AUGCGCGGUUGUACUUGGAGGGGUUGGGAACUAAUUGUGAUAACCCCUAACCCCAACCCCAACAGUAUUGUGUCCACCAGGUGGGGUAACCAAACCACAUCUUAGUGCCCUCUCACUACAGCAGACUUGAAUGUUCCUCCCCAUUUAGAUACUCGCAGGAGCAACCGGCCGGAACGGAGAACAGUGCCAGUCGCCUGGGAACUGGUGCGAUACAGGUUGGACGUUGCUGCAUCAGCGAGACCCGCUUCUCCGAACAAGACCAACUGGAGGAGGUGAGUAUCGGUUACAUUUUCUUCUGGAUCGGUCGCCUCAGGCAGAACAACAAGGCGCGGUCGUCGUCUUUGUCUUCCGGAACGACAUCGCAGAAUGGCUGUCCCGUCCGCCGAGAUCGCCUGAUGAGUCUGCGCCCGCCUCUUCGAGGAUCCAACUUCGCCACCAUCAUCAGCGCCUACGCUUCAACAGUGACCGGCUCACACGAGGCAAGACAAAUUUCUACGAAGACCUGCAUGCACUCCUGGCAUCUAUAUCGAAGGCGGACAUGUUGAUUGUCCUUGUUGACUUCAGUGGCCGCGUUGGGACAAACUGUGCUGCCUGGAGGGCAGUGCUGGGUCCUCAUGGGAUCGCCGACCACAACGACAACGACCUCCUUCCAUUCCUACUGAGAACCUGUGCUGAACACCCCCUCCUAUUAACCAACACCAUCUUCCGCUUGCCGAUACGGAAAAAGGCCACCUGGCUACACCCCCGAUCGCGGCAUUGGCAUCUGUUGGACUAUGUUCUAUUUCGGCGGCGAGGUCGGCAUGAUGCGGCGGUGACCAAGGCGAUCUGAGACCCCGAUAGCAGGACGGGCCGCCACUUCGUUAUCUCCAAGAUGAGACCCCGUCUGCAACCCCUCAGGAGAACACAAAUUAAGCAACCACGUGUAAACCUAAUACCACGUUGUCGCACUGGCCUGCUCACCGUCUGCAUUUCAACAAUCAACUGUCCCAGCGACCGGGAGAACUGCCAGCCCCGAAUGAAAACGCCUUCGUGGAGCUAUGGUGGUGUCUCAGCGGUUCCUCAGGAUUUCAAAGAGGCAACCAUCGUUCACUUCUACAGGCGCAAAGGGAAUCGGCAACUCCGUGAGAAUCACAGAUGCAUCUAGCUACUCGACAUCGUCGGGAAGAUCUCCGCCUGCAUCCUCCUCAAUCGUCUCAACGGUCACCUCGAACAAGGACUGCUGCCGGAAAGACUAUAUAGUAUGUGACGUCACGGGGCACCACCUGUAUGGUCUUUGGCGUCCGCCAGCUACAGACGAAGUGCCAGGAGAUGUGAACCCGCCUCUACUCUACGUUCAUAGACUGGGCAAAAACCUUUGAUACGGUGGACCGCGAGGGACUGCGAAAAAUCAUGCAGAAACUUGGCCGUCCUGGAGGAUUCACGCACAUGAUACGUCAGCUCCACGACGCAGUGAUGCCGUGAGCCACGGACAACGGCGUGAUAUUUGAGGCAUUCACAAUGACCAAUGGGGUGAAGCGGGACAGCCUACUCGCCCUCACCCUCUUCAGUCUCAUGUCCCCUGCCAUGCUGAUGGACGCUUACCGUGAUGAGCGCCCCAUGCUUUGCAUCGUCUACAGAACAGACGGGCAUCUUUUCGACAGUCGGCGAAUGUAGGCCUCGACGCGCCUCUCCACAUCUACCAUCAACGAUCUGCUCUUCGCUGACGGCUCCACACUCAACAAUGUAACCGAAGUGGACAUCGAACGGAGCAUGGACCUCUUAGCCUCCGGCUGCGCCCACUUCGGACUGGCCAUCAAUACGGACAACACGGUGGUCCGGCAUCAACAGCCGUCGGACGCUGAAUACGGUGUCCCUCGCAUCCGCGUCAAUGCCACCAAACUGGAGUUCGUGGAUAACUUCAACAACCUAGACAUAAAAAUGUCACACUGCAACGCAAUAUUUCGCUGGGUGGACAGUUCGCAAGCAUGA